AUGCGAAAUGCCUUGACUUUCUCGGGUCAAGGAGCGCAUGCCAAAGGCAUGUGUCUUUCCCUUCUGGAUGACCCUGCGGUUGUGCAGGUAUGGGAACGCAUGACAGAUUGCAUGAUGCGCAAUUAUGGCAUCUCAUUACAGUAUAUCAUUCAAGAAAACCCCAAGAAAGUAGUGGCGCGUAGCGACGCUUUUGUUGUCGAUGAAGUCUGCAAGCGGCCCUGCACAGAGGUGCUUAAUAUGAAAGAGUCUACACCAUGCACUCACACGAUCACACACCCAGACGGUGUGAUGCAGUUAACGUACCUAACGCAGCCCUGCGUUCUCGCCGCACAACUUCUCGCAUACGAAAAGUUGAAGCAUCGAAAUCCACAGAUAUACAAUAGGCAAAUUUCCUGCAUCGCCGGGCAUAGUCUAGGUGAAUUUACCGCGCUCACAGCUCUCGGUGUCUUUACUCCCGAGACCGCUGUUGAUUUAACUUUCAAGCGUGGCCUGCUCAUGGAGCAGGCAUGCGAUGGUGUCCCGCGCGGAAAUAGAAAACUGUACGCCUGCAGUCCUCAGCGAGCAAAUCUCAGCGACGACAGCGAGACGGCAGACAAAGUUUUCUUCGCGCUUAUCGAGGAGGUCGCACAAUCUCUUGCGCAUACAUCCUCAUUCGUUGAAGUGGUGAACAAUAACAUCAGGCAUCAGCAAUACGUCGUGGCUGGCGACCUUGUCGGACUAGCUGUGCUGGGCAAAUGCCUGGAUCCGCAAUACCGGGCAAACUGUGCCAGCGGUGAGGAUGUUGAAUCCCUUGUAAGCCAUGCUAUCACAUCCGUCCGCAUCGACAACAAAGAUGGUGUGGCAAGAGAUCCGGACGUUGUCCACGAUGGUGAUUUCGCAACGUCAUCAGCGCAAAAGUACGGUUCAAGAUCAACGUUUCGCCGGUUCAUCAAGGGCGCGGACGACGGCUUUACUCCGUCACUAGAGGAACUUACGCAUCUCACGUUGGAGGAGGACGGCCGCAGUGGCCUUAAGAAGAAAUCAUGGUUUGUUCCUCUGAUCAUGGAAGUUCCAUUUCAUUCGAGCAAGCUUCGGCGUGCCAUGGAUGCGUUUCUUCCUCUCGUACGUACAGCCCUUCCAGACGAGGCGUCUCUUCGCGAGCUGUUAUCGAUUUCCAACGACGGAAUAAUUGAUGAGGAGCGCCGCGUCCACCCUUUGUGGAUUACAAAUUUGACGGGGAGGGUUUUCAACCCAUUGAACAGGGCUUUUCAGCAGAGUGCGCUUGAGCACAUGAGGAGGGCGAAUAUUGGCGAAAUCCGUCACAAAGGGCGAUUUGAGAGCACUCUUGUUGUCGAUACAUUUAACAGUGGCGCAGCGGAAGGAAACGUGAGGGAGAUGACGGCUGCAGUGCUGGCAGCUCAGCUCGCCCACCCUGUACAAUGGAUAACAGCAAUGGAGGAGGUUGUUGUGGCACAAGGAUGCUCACACAUUCAAGAGGCGUCGCCGAAAAGGAACACAUCGGAAAUGUUUAGGCGUGCUUCAUUUUUCGCUGACGAUAGCCGAAACAGCCGCAUUUCCCUUCAAGUGUCUUCCUUUCCAAGCGAAACACCACUUUUCUAG